UCAGAAUUAGAUAAGUUUUGUGAAGCAGCAGAUUCUACGUAUGGGUGCAUUUUGUUACAAGGAAAAAUAUUAAGCGGAACCAAGAAUUUUUGGUCUUUAUCCCACGUUGAACUAGUCUUAUUACCACUUCUGGUUGCUACAAAUCUUUGUACAGUAGCAAGGGACAUGCCAAUAUAUCUUCCGAAUAAAAGCCCUAAUGUGCCUUUUAGAAUGCUCGUAGUACGAUUAACUGUAAACCUGUCUAUUCUUACGUUAUGUGGCCCUACUCCAACCCUAAAUGAAAUGAUGAGAUCAGCAUCAACUUUUUGGGCUCCAUCAUAUCAAAUGAUUGAAAGCAUAUCGACAUUGAUACCAUGGAAUAUCACACCACAUCUACUGUCCCAGUUGGAUAAUGCAGUAAUUGGACUUCUACUAGUCAACUAUGAUAAUAAAAGAUGUGUCAGUUGUGUUCAUUUAAAUGAAGAGUCAAGAAAUAGACCUUUAAAUAUUACAAAAAAAGUUGCUGCAUUGAGGUCCAUUUAUAGGAGUCUUGUUGGACCAUUGUUGCAACCUCCAGCAAUGCCACCAGAUGAUUUACCAGCAGGGUUCCAUCGUGACCAUGUACCUCUUGAGUCUUAUGUCUCCUGUGACUCCUUUAAAGUUUAUGUUGUACAGUCUUCGCCAUAUCACCUUCUAGUCUUAUUCCCUCCAGCCCUCCCCAGUCACAUAGCAAGACAAGUCAGUCUCAGAACACUAACAGUUUUUACUAAAGGAAAAGGCCCCAAACUCUGAAACUGGUAAGGAAUUUUUGUAAGCAUUUCUGAUUGUUUUGGUUGUCAUUAUCAUUUUAAUGUUUCAAUAAAAG